AUGGCCGCGUCUCUGAAACGUCUCGAGGACGAGAUCGCGGACGACGAGCAUACGUCUGAUGAGAAUACGUCUGAGGAGAAUGGACCCGAAUCCGAAUCAUCAGAAAAUCGUCACUCGUCUACUGCUUCAGCCUCAACCACAAAGUCAGACGAUGAAGAAAAGAAAACGCUCGUACCAAAAAAGAAAUCUACUUCGAAGAAAUCCAAGAAAAAUGCUGAAUUGCCAGAAGAUGCAUAUGCGUCUAAUGCUUCUGCCUUGCCAACAAGCUCUAACGCUGAGGAGAACCCAACGUCAGGAAUCAAACUGAAAUCUAUUUUGAAAAAAACCAAGAAAAAUGGUGAUAAGUCUAAAAGCGAAUAUAAUGAGUGCCCUGUAUGUUUGGGACCAGCUGUGUACCCUGUUCGUACUCCAUGCGGUCAUGUAUUUUGUUUCUUGUGUGUGAAAGGAGCGGCACGGCAAACUAACAGGUGUCCAAUGUGUCGUCAACAUAUACCUAUUGAUUUUGACAAAAAUCCUAAGAUUCUUGAACGCCAAGAAGUAGAAACACUUGAAGAUGGUUACCAAUGGUUUUAUGAAGGCAAAAACGGCUGGUGGCAAUAUGAUAAGAAAACAUCUGACGAGAUUGAACACCACUACAAACUCAAUUUACUAAAAUUUGAUGUACUUAUUUGUGGCACAAUGUAUACAAUUGAUCUCAACCGCAGUGUGCAAUAUAACAGGGAUAAUCCAUACAGGAGAAGGAAAGUGAAACGAGAAAAUGCCAAUAACAUUGCUGUUAAAGGUGUUGCUGGUGUUCAUUAG